CCCUGCGCGACCCGGAAGUGGUUGUGAGGCGCCGGAGCCCGAGCGCGGCGGGUCCCGUCCUGUUCGCGUUCUCCGGUUCCUGUUCCCAGGCUUGUUCUCGCUCCCUGGUCCUGUUCCCGGUGCCGCUCCCGCCAUGGCCACCGCGCGGGCACCGGCGGUGCGCGCCGGGGCCCGGCCCCCCGAGCCCCCCAAGGCCAAGCCUGCAGAGGAGGGCGAGGCACCCCCGGCCAAGCGGGCGCCCAUCUUCUACGGGAGCCUGGAGGAGAAGGAGCGGGAGCGCCUGGCCAAGGGAGAGUCGGGGCUGCUGGGCAAGGAGGGCAUGAAGGCUGCCAUGGAGGCUGGGAACAUCAACAUCAGCAGUGGGGAGGUGUUUGACCUCGAGGACCACAUGAGUGAGCGCCAGGCCGAGGUGCUGGCAGAGUUCGAGCGCCGCAAGCGCGCCCGGCAGAUCAACGUCUCCACGGAUGACUCCGAGGUCAAGGCCUGCCUGAGGGCCCUGGGCGAGCCCAUCACGCUCUUCGGAGAGGGGCCUGCGGAGCGCAGGGAGAGGUUAAGGAACAUCCUCUCGGUGGUCGGCACAGAUGCGUUAAAAAAGACCAGGAAAGAUGAUGACAGGUCAAAAAAGUCUAAAGAAGAGUAUCAGCAAACCUGGUACCACGAGGGCCCACGCAGUCUGAAAACAGCCAGGCUGUGGCUGGCCAACUACUCCCUCCCCAGGGCAGCGAAGCGGCUGGAGGAGGCCCGGCUGCUGAAGGAGAUUCCUGAGGCCACCAGGACAUCCCAGAGGCAGGAGCUGCACAAAUCCCUGCGGUCCUUGAAUAACUUCUGCAGUCAGAUCGGGGACGAUCGCCCGCUGUCGUACUGCCACUUCAGCCCCAACUCCAAACUCCUGGCCACAGCCUGCUGGAGUGGGCUGUGCAAGCUCUGGUCUGUGCCCGACUGCAACCUGGUUCACACCUUGCGAGGACACAGCACCAAUGUGGGGGCAAUCGUGUUCCACCCCAAGGCCACGGUGUCCCUGGACAAGAAGGAUGUCAGCCUUGCCUCGUGUGCAGCCGAUGGCUCCGUCAAACUCUGGAACCUGGAAAGCGAUGAGCCGGUGGCAGACAUCGAGGGACACAGCAUGAGAGUGGCCCGUGUGAUGUGGCACCCGUCUGGGAGGUUCCUGGGCACCACCUGCUACGAUCACUCGUGGCGCCUGUGGGACCUGGAGGCCCAGGAGGAGAUCCUGCACCAGGAGGGGCACAGCAAGGGGGUCUACGACAUCGCCUUCCACACCGACGGCUCCCUGGCUGGCACAGGAGGCCUGGAUGCCUUUGGCCGGGUGUGGGACCUGCGCACAGGCCGCUGUAUCAUGUUCCUGGAAGGGCACCUGAAGGAGAUCUACGGGAUCAACUUCUCCCCAAACGGGUACCACGUGGCCACGGGCAGUGGGGACAACACCUGCAAGGUGUGGGACCUGCGGCAGAGGAAGUGCAUCUACACCAUCCCUGCCCACCAGAACCUGGUCACCGGCGUCAGCCAACCACGGCAAUUUCCUGCUGACGGGCGCCUACGACAACACGGCCAAGAUCUGGACCCACCCUGGCUGGUCCCCGCUCAAGACUCUGGCGGGGCACGAGGGGAAGGUGAUGGGCCUGGACAUCUCCCUGGAUGGACAGCUCAUUGCCACCUGCUCCUACGACAGAACCUUCAAGCUCUGGACAGCCGAGUAGCUCAGAGGGGGCCGGUUAUGGACUGGGAUGGGGACGUUAAUGACUUCUGGUUACUUUUUUAUAUUAAAGAAAAAAAUAGGAAUCCAAUAUGUUACAGCAGCUGCAGUCAUGGCUGCUCUGCUUUGUGUUGAAGCACCAGUGUUGGC